UGACAUUAUAUAAACUGUCAAAAUUUUGAAAAGUUUUAUUAUUUUUUUUUUUUUAUUUUUAGUGCGUUGCAAAAUAAUUGAAAUAUCGUAAAAUGUCUGAGCCUAAUAAUUCCGAUUUGUCCCCGAUAAUGGAGCACGUUUUGAAAUCGCUGUUUUUACAAGAGGAAAUUCUCGAAAGUAAUUGGGAGAAGAUGCAGCAGUGCCAGGUCAAUUACCAAGAAACGUACGAAACGUACACGGCUUUGAAGAAGAACGAUGAAAAAAGCAAACGUUUAAUGGAAUUGAAGAUGUCCAACAGCGAUUACAUAAAGAAAAUACAUUUUUUCGCCGAUAAACUGGCCUCGUUCAAUGAGCACAUAAAAACCAACCAAGAGAUCAUUCCUCAAAAUGAAAAUAACGAUGAUAAACAAAAGGAAAAUUUCACUUCUAGAAAAGAUCAUAUAGUCGAAUGUUUAGAAACGUUGCAAUCGAAAUACAAAGACGAAACUCUCGAUGAUCAAAUUCGUAACGUUUCGCAAGAAAUGCACUCGGCUUUGCAAUUGGAAAACGAAAUCGGCGAGUCGGUGAAACGAUUAUUAGACCAAAUGAAACGUAGAAACUUCAGUGAGAACAAGGACGUCUGCUCGAAAUGCAGUAGAUUGGCGGAUGAGCUGGGACCCAAUGACGAUCCGGAAGACAUUAAAAAGAAACUCGCCGAUAAGGAAAAAGACGUGGCAAUUUUGAAAUUGAAGAUAAAGCGUAUGAAACAAACGCUAAUGGAAUGAGUUAAGUUUCAUUUCAUUAUUAAUUUCAUUCGUUCGUGAACUUAGACAAGUUCCAAUCUUCC